AUUUUCGGUUCAUCAAUCGCCGUGGGUCUUUCGCAUGCCCCCCAGCCUGCUGCUGCCCCUUGCCCCACCUCCACCUAAACACCCAACCAAACAGGCGGGGCGGUGACCUGAGUGUUGACAGCGGGCAGCCACGACCAGGCCUCGGGCUCUCCAAAAAGACCCCGGUCCGGAAUUGGAACCCAUCCGCUCUCUGCCCCCUUUCCGCGCGACACCAGCUCGACAUCGCCCGUUGACACCUGUGUCCGUAGCUCCCCCCUAAGGCACAGAGAUCACCCGCAAAUCUGAUUUCGAACUCUGCGCCUGGCCAAAAUGGACAACCAGGGCAACCGGCUGUACCUCAACUUCGGGAACAACAACGAGCGGCUGGCCGCAACGGACCGCACGUAUCCCACCACGCCUUCCACCUUCCCGCAGCCCGUCUUCCAGGGCCAGCCGGCGACACAGGGCGGCUCCCAGCAGCCCCAGGCCUACCAGCAGGGCUAUGCAUCAGCUGGCUACUUCCCGCCCAACAACCAGUACGGCAACCAGUACACCGCCCAGCUCGGCGCCCAGGCUGCCGACUACAGCUCCCAGGGCUACAGCCAGGCCCGGUCGACGACGCCCGGCGCCAACAAUGAUCCCAACACGGGGCUCGCCCACCAGUUCUCGCACCAGAAUCUCGGCGGCGGCCCCGGCAGACCAUCGCCCUAUGGCAGCGCCCGCGGUCCGUCCCCCGGCCAGCGUCCGCGGACAGCCGGGGCGCAGGGCCAGCAGGCCGGAUAUGCGAGUCACUUGAACGCACCGCCGGUGCCCACGCAGAACGCCCAGUCCGACUACUUUGCCCCGGCUCCUGAGCGGAACCCGGACAAGUACGGCCCGAACGCGAACAACAACCAGAAGAAGUGCUCCCAAUUGGCCUCGGACUUCUUCAAAGACAGCGUCAAGCGGGCGCGUGAGCGGAAUCAGAGGCAAAGCGAGAUGGAGCAGAAGCUGGCCGAGACCACCGACCCUCGCCGCCGGGAAUCGAUCUGGGCUACGGGCGGCCGUAGGGAGGGCUCGUACCUGCGUUUCCUGCGGACGAAGGACAAGCCGGAGAACUACAACACCAUCAAGAUCAUCGGCAAAGGCGCCUUCGGCGAGGUCAAGCUCGUGCAGAAGAAGACGGACGGCAAGGUCUACGCCAUGAAGUCGCUGAUCAAGACGGAGAUGUUCAAGAAGGACCAGCUGGCCCACGUCCGCGCCGAGCGCGAUAUCCUCGCCGAGUCCGACAGCCCUUGGGUGGUCAAACUGUACACAACCUUCCAGGAUGCGAACUUCCUGUACAUGCUGAUGGAGUUCUUGCCCGGCGGAGAUCUCAUGACAAUGUUGAUCAAGUAUGAGAUUUUCUCGGAGGAUAUCACCCGGUUUUAUAUCGCCGAGAUCGUCUUGGCUAUCGAGGCAGUCCAUAAGUUGGGCUUCAUCCACAGAGAUAUCAAACCGGACAACAUCCUCCUCGACCGCGGCGGCCACGUGAAGCUGACGGAUUUCGGCCUGUCCACCGGCUUCCACAAGCUGCACGAUAACAAUUACUAUCAGCAGCUCCUCCAGGGCAAGUCGAGCAGGCCGCGCGACAACCGGAACUCGAUUGCUAUCGACCAGAUCAACCUGACGGUCAGCAACCGGUCGCAGAUCAACGACUGGAGACGCUCGAGAAGGUUGAUGGCCUACUCGACGGUCGGCACGCCCGACUAUAUCGCGCCCGAGAUCUUCACCGGCCACGGGUACUCGUUCGACUGCGAUUGGUGGUCGCUGGGCACCAUCAUGUUCGAGUGUUUGGUCGGCUGGCCACCAUUCUGCGCCGAAGACAGCCACGACACGUACCGCAAGAUCGUGAACUGGCGGCAGUCGCUCUACUUCCCCGACGAUAUCCAGCUCGGCGUGGAGGCAGAGAACCUGAUCCGAAGCCUCAUCUGCAACUCGGAGAACCGCCUCGGCCGCGGCGGCGCGCACGAGAUCAAGAACCACGCCUUCUUCCGCGGCGUCGAGUUUGACAGCCUGCGGCGCAUCCGCGCGCCGUUCGAGCCGCGUCUGACCUCCAACAUCGACACGACCUACUUCCCCACCGACGAGAUCGACCAGACGGACAACGCCACGUUGCUGCGCGCCGCCCAGGCCCGCAACGGCAACCAGCAGCAGGAGGAGAGCCCCGAGAUGAGCCUGCCGUUCAUUGGGUACACGUUCAAGCGGUUCGACAACAACUUCCGGUGAUUCGGCUGAGCGGGAGGGCAUUGAGCGUGUGUUUCUUGGCUGGGGUUGUCGGGAUCGUUGGUUGUUGCGCAUGGAGGACGCGAGGUGCUGGGCUGCCUCGCUUGGCUGGGCUUUGAUC